UUAUAUCUAAAUAUAAUUCUAAAGGCAUCAUAAAAUAAUAGAUGGAGCUUAUGAGACAACCACUUGUUGACUUUACCACAGAGAGGUCUCCCUGAUACAUGCAUUUUCACCAGAUUUAGCGCGAGUUUUUUCGGUGUGUUUACUUCUUUUUCUGUUUUCUUAUUUUCAAUAGACCUCGUCGCCCGUCAAUUCACUAUGGGUAGAAAAACCGCUGCCAGUUCGGCCAAAGGCAAAGAAAAACGUUUGCAGAGAAAGGAGGAACAGCAAAGAAUCAGUCAGGCUAUGCAGACGGUCGAGAAGGCGAACAAAUUGGAGGAUCCCUUCGAACCGUUUCCGGCAUUUCACAAAUUCAACAAAAAUGGAGUUGAGGCUGAACUGUUUGUUAAAAGAUGUCCAGACUUGGAUGAGGCCACAAAGAACUGGGCAUUCCAUUUGACCAAGAAAAACAUGCAACACAAAUAUGAGUCUUGUUCAUGGGGUUGGAGUGACCAGAAAAAAUUAGAGGAACUGACUGAUGAUGCUGCUUGGUAUUUAAUUGCAAAGGCAACAGACGGUACUUUAUUAGGAUUCUCACAUUUUAGAUUUGAUAUUGAUGAAGGAAUUGAAGUAUUAUAUUGCUAUGAAUUACAACUAGAAUCUGCAUAUCUCAGAAGGGGACUGGGAAAGUUCAUGAUGUUAGUGCUAGAAUUAAUGGCUUUCAAGAAUAACAUGAGGAAAGUUGUGUUAACAGUGUUAAAAAACAACCAAUAUUCAAAAUUCUUUAAAGCAUUAAAUUAUGAAUUGGACGAAUCUUCACCAGUGGAUGAUGAAGAUGACAUAUAUUCAUUUGAAAUUUUAAGUAAAGUUAAUAAGAGACUUGCCCCAGUUAUGCCCCUGACAACAGUAAAUGGCAAAAAUCAUUCAAAUGGACACUGUUGUUCUGGACAUCAUCACCACUAAGUACAUAAAUUUUAAUUUUAAGGGUUUUGAUUUGUGAAACUUGUGAAUUGGCUGUAUUAUCUAAUAAAUCUUAUUUUAUAAAUAGGUGUGCAACUAUAGUCAAAACUUCGAUGACUCGAAAUUUCAUAACUUGAAGGAAAUUGGUUAGCAAUAUGCAUUUGUACUGAUUUUAAAGUUUAUUUAUUAACAUGAACUUUUGAUAAGUUUAACUAUUUUCGUGACAAGUGAUGUUCGAGUUAUCGAAGUUCGAUUGCAUUUUCAUUAUUCUGCUAAAAAUUAUGCUAGUAAAAGUUUGUUGGUCUUUAAAUUAAAUACAAAUUUUUUAAAAAUGUA